GUAUUAUUGACUUUAAAUAGGACCUUAAAGAAAGUUUAUGUCAUAUGAAUUAUCUUAUUUGUUUGCCAAACUUGUAACAAAACUUCAAGACUGGUUUUUUCAUCAAAGAUCAAAAGCCACUAAUAACUACUGUAUUAAUACAUUGGUAUAUAUAUGCAUUAAAAACCCACCAAUAAAUAAAUAUUUGAUGAAGCAGAACGAUGCACUGCAGCCUAAAAUCCUACAUAUAUUUUUCUGCUACGUAUAUCAUGUUCUCUAAGCUUCCCUCGAAUAACUAUUUUUUUUCCCCCCUUCUCUUUUUCUCGAUCAGGGGCAUUAUGGAACUGAAGUGCUUGUUGCUUAAUUCUGCGGUUUACCCAAGUACUCUUAGGGGGGAUCUCUGACAAUGUUAGCAAGCAAAGCAUGGAUACCUUAGCCUGCAGUGAAGUGAACGCUGAAGGAAACUCAAAGAGCUUAAACGUUGCACCACAACAAGUGGUUGCAGAGAUUAGAAAUUCCAAGGAAGAAUACCCAAAUGGGUUCCAACUGCCUCUUCAUUAUCCAAGGUACACCAAGCUAGAUUAUGAGAAGAAGGGAGAGUGGAAGUUGGACAUGCUUCUGAAAACAUAUGGACUCAGCUUUGUGGGUUCCCUGGAAAAGAAAAGGGCUUAUGCUAUUGGAACUUUCCUAUGGCCAGAUCAACUUUGAAUACACGCACACACACACAUAUAUAUCCUUUGGAUAUUUACUUUCAAAAUUCUA